AUGAAGGAUCAAUUUAAUCAAGCUGGAAGUUGUUAUUGUAAUAAAGAAUCUUAUGAACAGUCGGUUGGUGAUAUGUUUCAUAGAGAUUCUUGGGAAGGUUGGACCGGUAAAAAUGGUACCUUUGCUGUUAAUGAUUAUGAAGUUUUUCAAUUUGGAUUGUAA